AGCCUGGUUUAGAGCCCCAUCAUCGGGGGCCCCAUCUAUAGAUGCAAACUGUGAAGGGGAAUGAGGCAUUCUGGGCUGUGUGAAGACCCAAGCAAGAUGGCACACAGCCGCCAGUGUAUUAUCCCCUCUCCUACAAUGCUAGGCCAUACUGGAAACUCUGAUCCUACUCCAGAAGAUGCACGGAGGACCCAGGAUUCAGACUUCUUUCCAUCCAUCAGCUUGGCUGUUGUUCUGCUUCUCAUUUUCAUCUCUGUCCUUCCAGUUUUGUUCCAGCCAAAUAAAGGUUACAUCACCAUCAAAAAACUCUCUGAUGUUAAUGGUAGAGCUGUCCAAUUCCAUCCUCUGCUCUAUGGGCAGCCGCUGUCUACUCAGCUGAUGGUAGGAAGAUUAAUCAAAAAUGGGGAUAAGGGAAUGACGGUAUUAGCAGUGGCUGAAGAUGCUUUCCAGACACUAAAGUGCUUCUCCAUCAACCUCAUGGCAGUUCUUUCAAAUCAAGCUCAACCUUUCAUUAAACAAGUUGGGGAGCACAAGCCUUCUGAAGCCACCUGGAGUCACCACAUCACCAGAAUUCCAAAAGUCUUCUCUGUAGCAGUAAUAACUUGGACAAAGGGGCAUAUACCCCAUGGAGUUAUCGUGGGUCCUCCAAGCCAGGUGACAGGAAAUUUUCACCUAAUGGAGAUAAAGCCUCAGACAUCCCCAGCAGGCGAGCAGUUGACUGUAUUAAGGGAGUCUUUAAGCAUAGCCAUUGAGCUACUACAUCAUCUCCACCAACUGAAACCCAUCUCAAACACCUUUGAGGUCAGAAACUCUACGAGACAACAGUUUGGGGUCAUCAAAAUUAAAGGAGAUCCUUACUUGGAAAGCGGGCUUGUAUGUUAGCCUUUGACUUUUCACAAAAAUGUUUAACAAGCUAUUAUAA